AUGGAGACCGUGAACGAAAGAAACGGUACUGAUUCCACAAGUCGACUUCCUUUAUCAACAUAUUCACAGUUACCACCAUUGCAAAAACAAAUAAGACAGGACCCACAACCACUUGGGUUCGAUAAAAAUGAUGCAUCCACUUUUACUUAUCAAACAGAUAAGUCUGAGGUUACGGUUCUUGAUAUCAAGGCUUUAGUACAAAGUGCCUUGGAACAAGCAAAAGUUGAUCCAGAAGUUGUUUAUGCUGCUGCACAAUUAGUGUUACUAGCCAAACAGGAUCGAAAUAACGGAUACUUCGUCGACGCUAAUUCAACAGGUAUCUUGGAUGUUACAGCAAAUCGUCCCAGUGCUAUGUCCCUGUCGAAUUUACUCUUACCAGAUGAGGCUGGUUCAUCAUCGAAAGCUACGAGUUUUGCUUCAUUAUCAGUUAUGCAACGGUCCAAAUUUAUAUCGUUCUUUACCACUAUGUCUAAAAAAAAUCUACCAGAACAUGUAUAUAUUUCGUCGAAAAUUCCUGACAAACCGGCGCCAGACUGGACGCGUUUUGUUUGCGUUAGUGAUACUCAUAACAAGGUCAGCCUUGAAACCUAUAAUGUUCCCGAGGGGGAUGUUUUACGGGACUUAACCGAAGUUGGUAAAUUGGUUCAAAUAAAAGCUGCUAUUGACUGGAUCAAAAGUCUUCCGCACAAACUUAAAAUUGUUAUUGCUGGAAAUCAUGAUUUAACUUUAGACAAACCCUUUUAUGAAGAGUCUUGGAAUAGAUUUAAUCAAUAUAAGGAAGACGCUAAUGAAGCUAUUAACUUGAUGAGAAAUGCAGGUAAUGGCAUUGUGUAUUUGGAAGAUGAGUCUUUUACAAUUCCCGAAAGUGGGUAUCAAAUGUAUGGGAGUCCAUAUACUCCAAGAUUUUAUGACUGGGCUUUCAACGGAGAUCGUGGAUCAUUCUUAAAGGAAAAGUGGUCAAAAAUACCACCUACUACGCAUAUCCUUAUGACACAUGGGCCGCCGUCCGGCAUUUUGGAUCUCACUGCAAGUGGAGAAAGUGCUGGAUGUGUAGAUCUUUUACAACGAAUUCAAGAAAUUAAACCUUUAGUUCAUGUGUUUGGUCAUAUUCAUGAGGGUUAUGGUGUCUUGAAAAAGAAAUGGGAAACAAAAAAUAAUGAAGAUAAAAACUCAACUAUUUUUAUUAAUGCGUCAUCAGUAACUCGAGGAUAUAAACCCAAAAAUAACGCGAUCGUGUUUGAUUUACCUCCACUAAAUUGA